AACGCCAGAGACCCCGCAGGAGGCCUUUGCUCUUGCUGCUGGAGGCUCCCCAGAGUGGUCGCUGCAGGUGUCUCGGAGCCAAAGAACCUCCCUCGCACAGCAUGCCUCUUGCAGGAACCCCGGCUCCCAACAAGAAGAGAAAGCCAACUAAGCUCAUUUUAGAACUAACCCAAGAAGUCAUGCCACAAGAAGGGUCCAAGCUGAACCUGGGGAAGAAGAUCAGCAUCCCCAGGGAUGUGAUGCUGGAAGAGCUCUCUCUCCUCACCAACAAGGGAUCCAAGAUGUUCAAACUUCGCCAGAUGAGGGUGGAGAAAUUCAUCUAUGAGAACAACCCAGAUUCCUUUGUGGACAAUUCUGUGGAUAAUUUCCAGAGAUUCAUCCCAUCUGUUGGCGGACAUUACGGAGCUGAUGCUCACAGUUACUCCCUCAGUGGGGGGAGGAUGGUGAGCGGCGUGACUGUGGGGCCCUAUGGCUCCAGCAAGCUGCAGUUCCCUCCCAACCCUCCUCCAAAGCCCGGGAGCAAAGGUGGAGCCGGAGGGGCUGGAGGGGCCGGAGGGGCUGGAGGCUGCCACCCCGAGGGGAUACCUGGCACAGGGGAAGGAGUAGACGGCGGAGGAAGCGAGACCGCAGGUGGGAAAGGUGAGAGCAAGGCUGGGGGUGGGAAACACAUCUCCAUUUUCAAGACUUACAUCUCUCCCUGGGAAAGAGCCCUGGGCAUCACCCCACAGGAAAAAAGCGAAUGCACGACUGACCUCCUGUCCUACGACUCCAAAGCAGCUCUCUGCCAUUACAAAUCUUUCAACAGGACGGCUAUUCCUUACGGGGGCUAUGAGAAGGCAGCCAAGCUGAUGACCUUCCAGAUGCCAGAGUUUGAUGCCGGACCCCCCGUCCCGGAGCCGGUGGUCGUAUAUAACCAAGAAGCCACCAACAGGCCAUCCUUCAACAGAACCCCUGUCCCUUGGCUGGCCUCAGGAGAACCUGCAGAAUACAACAUUGAGGUGACCGUGCCACUGGCAGGAGAAACGGAAGAGUUAUAAGGCCUCAUCCCACCACUCCG